AAGCAUACGAUAAACUUGAUUGGAACUUCAUUGAAGACUCUCUGUUGGAUAUCGAGUUUAAUGAAGUCUAGAGAAGAAACCUAAUGAAGUGUAUCUCCACACCAAGGUUGGCCGUGAGCUGGAAUGGUAGAACCUCAGACUGGUUUCAACCUGAAAGGGGAAUUAGACAGGGAGGCCCCAUCUCAUCUUUGCUAUUUCUUUUGUGUAUAGAAAGGAUUAGCUACAUCAUAUUGGAUUCUGUAAACAUAGAUGACAUGGUGCUUUUCGGGGAAGCUACUAUCGAACAAGCUGAUGAGAUGCUAAGAUAUUUGAGAGUAUUCUGUGAUCAUUCUGGCCAGAUGGCUAACGUCCAAAAAUCAUCCUUGUUCUUCUCAAAGAACACGGACGCAGAAUUGCAGCAAAAGAUAGUGGACCUAAUCGGCAUUCCUAGAGUUGAAGACUUGGGAAAGUAUCUAGGAAUCCCCUCAAUCCAUGGGAGAUUGAAGAAGGAUUCAUAUGCUGCUCUUAUUGAAAGAGUCCAACAAAGGCUUUACCUUCCGAAUUCUUAAGUACAUUGCAAGCUUGGAUCUUCCGAGACUUCACCUUCUGGUUUCUUAAGUACUUCUGAGCUUGGACCUUAUGAGACUUUACCUUCCAUAUUCUCAAUUAAGUACCUUUCGGGCUUGGACAUUCCGAGACUUAACUUAUGGAUUCUUAAGUACCUUCCGAGCUUUACAACUUUCUUAAGUAUCCUAAGACUAUUGUUCGAACUUAGCUACUUACAAGUUUAUUUUAACUUACCAGGGUGGUAACUUUGUCCUUGAAAUUCCUUUAGGAUUUACAAGAAGAUCUAGAUAACUUUAAAGUU